AUGUACGAGGACAAUGUGGCAGUUGAGACAAUGGCGGCGGUGUACACUGGUGCCCCAGGCACCGAUGCAUUUGGCCCAGAGAUGCCCUACAAACCCGGUUCGCGUUGGCAGCGUGGGCAGGUUGGAAGAGUUUGAGCGUUGGCGUUAUAGAUCGAGAAGGCUUGCGAAUUCCGGGUCGUUCAAUCGGUGUUAAAAGCAACUAGUCGGUUGGCUUAAUGGAUUGGCGCUCCAGUCUUCACUGCUUCUCCCCGUUCCGGUCUGUGCUAGGUCUUUCUAGGUCAUCGGUUCGAGGAAUUCUUCAAGUUGUCCUUGUAGCGGCUUGUUUGGCCUCCUUGUCAUUGAGUAUACAUAUCGGCAUCUCCGUAGAAGAGACGUCUGGGUGUUCGUUCAUGGUCAACCUCAAUAGGUGGUCAAUCCGUCGCAGUUGCGGUUGUCUCAGAAUGGCGUGUAUGCUGAGGAUUUUGGUCCGACCAAAAACUUCCACGUUGGGGAUCCUGUCUUGUCACUUCAGCUUUAGGAAUCUACGAAAACAGCUGGGGCGGAAAUGAUAGAGUCUUGGAGUUUGUUACCUGUAGACUCUCCAGGUGUCGGCGCCAUAGAGCAGCGUCGAAAAAAUGACAACUGUGUAUAUCUGAAGAUUGGUUUUGAGGUGGAGACCGUGGCGAUUCCAUACGGGGUUCUGCAUCUGACUAAAGUCUCAGUUGGCUCUGCAGAUCCGGUAAGUCACAUUGUCGUCAAUUUUGAGGCAACCUGAGAGGGCGCUGCCUGGGUAGGCAAAGCUGUUUACGGUUUACAGAUGGGUGCCUUUGAUGUAGAUGCGAGGAAGAUUGUAUACAAAGUUCGAUAGCUGCUGAUGUAUGAUCACCUCUUUGUCCGUGCUGUGGUUAGCCGAAGACGACGCAACCGAAACGAAGAGCUCCAUGCUCCGUUGCAUGUCACGGUGUCACACGCGCAGUCAUCCGCGAAAAGCAGAUUGGGGACAGUAACCGUGAAGUAACGAUUUAGGAUCUGUAAACUGUAAUCCUGUACAUUAGCAUUAAAUACAAUUAUUAUUAUUAUUAUUAUUACUAUUACUAUUAUUAUCCGCACAUGCCGAUUUCAUAAAUCUGGUAUCGUUCCUGUAAGCGAAGCAGAUCCCGAACACACACCACGAUAGGCGUCCAGCAGCAAGACAGAAAACAUGAAGUUGGGGAGGUUUGGGGAGAGAAAAGAGCCCUGCUUCACUCCCAAGAUCACUACGAAUGCUUCUGAGGCGGUCCCGAUGUCCGUGGCGUGUGCCGCUAUCUGGUCGUGGAGCUGAAACACCAUGUGCGUGAAUCCCUCAGGUCAGUCAAAUUUCUGCAUGAUUUUCCAUGAUCCGUGGCGAUUCACCGUGUCAAAGGCUCUCGCCAAGCCCAUGGGGGUAAUCUGGAGGUGGUUCUGAAGUUCAUGACAUUUCUCUUGCAGUUGGCGAGCGGCGAAGAUCACGUUGGUGAUUCCACGGCUACGUCGGAAGAUGCCCUGGCUUUCCGGGAGAAGCCCUUUUUCGAGAUGGCCAAUGAAACGGUUGAGGAGGAUACAAGCUAA